UUUAAUAAAAAAUAACCCCAAAAUAAACUGCAUUUUGAACAAUUGCCACCACUCGGAACUCUCCUCCCCUCCCCCGCUCAGGAGCUGAAGCUAACCAGCCCCGGGGUCGCACACUGUCUGAGCCAUUGAAAUGUGUUCGCAUCAGGAAAAGAGAGGCCGGUAAAGUGCCAGCCUUCGGCAUGGAAGCCUGGUACAUGGACGAGUCGGCUGGUGACCAGCGGAAGCCUCACCAGCGGCAGCCCAACGAAGCGGUGACUCGGAAGGAGCUGGAGCAAUACGGCAUCUUAUACUGGAAGUUGGAUGCUGAUAAAUAUGAGAACGAUCCGGAGCUGCAGAAGAUUCGCAAAGAGAGGAAUUAUUCCUGGAUGGAUAUAGUAAAUAUACACAAAGAUACAAUGCCGAAUUAUGAGGAAAAAAUUAGGUCGUUUUUCCAGGAGCACAUUCACUUGGACGAAGAGAUUCGCUACAUCCUCGAUGGGAGUGGAUACUUUGAUGUGCGAGAUAAAGAUGACAAAUGGAUCCGAAUUGCCAUGAAGAAAGGGGACAUGAUAACACUUCCUGCAGGCAUCUACCAUCGAUUCACGCUGGAUGAGAAUAAUUAUGUGAAAGCUAUGAGGCUGUUCGUUGGAGAACCAGUUUGGACACCUUACUAUCGCCCAGCUGAUGAAUUUGAAGCUCGCAAGAAAUACCUUCAAUUUCUUAACCAAGAACUUUAAAUUCUACAUAAGUUUCGGUUAAUAAAAUAAAUCUAGAAUAAAAAGCUAGGAUCAGCAAUGAUGACCAUGAAGUUCCCAGAUUCUCAUAACUGGUUCACUAAUGUGCUUCAGGGAAGAAUCACAGAAUUUUAACAGCACAGAAGGAGGCCAUUUGGCCCAUCAUGUCUGCACCAGCUCUACAAAUGAGCAUUAUGACCUAGUGCCAUUUCUCUGCCUUUUCCCUCGGACAUCAUCGGCCCGAACCAUUUGUUCUGUGAAAAAGUUUUUUCUCAUGUCACAUUUGCUUCUUUUGCAAAUCACUUUAAAUCUGUGCCCUCUCGUUCUUGAUCCUUUUUUUUAAUAUUCAUUC